UUCCAGGUUGGUUCAGCCCCGGUCUACUCCGGGGUGGUGCUAAGCCGGCGCCAGAUCGACCCUCGACUUAGGAGAGGCAGUGCGGUUCCUCUAGGCGCUUCUCCGUUGGUUCCUCCGGUUUCCUCAGCCUCCUCACUACCCGCGGGGACCCGAGAGCUCGGUGUAUGCCCCACCCCUGACCCCGCUAGAGACAUGUCCACCCCGGCUCGGCGGCGUCUCAUGAGGGACUUCAAGAGGUUACAGGAGGAUCCUCCUGCCGGAGUCAGCGGGGCUCCGUCCGAGAACAACAUCAUGGUUUGGAACGCGGUCAUUUUUGGGCCUGAAGGGACCCCGUUUGAGGAUGGAACCUUUAAGCUUACAAUAGAAUUCACUGAGGAAUAUCCAAAUAAGCCACCGACGGUUAGAUUUGUCUCUAAGAUGUUCCAUCCAAAUGUCUAUGCAGAUGGUAGCAUAUGUCUGGACAUACUUCAGAACCGUUGGAGUCCAACCUAUGAUGUGUCUUCCAUUUUAACAUCCAUACAGUCUCUACUGGAUGAACCCAAUCCCAAUAGUCCAGCAAAUAGCCAGGCUGCUCAGCUGUACCAGGAGAACAAGCGGGAGUAUGAAAAACGUGUUUCUGCGAUAGUAGAACAGAGCUGGCGUGACUGUUGACCUGGGUGGAAGAAAAGAAGCAGCAGUCAUAAGAAAAAUAUGUAUUGAUGUGUUUGUCAUCUUCUUGUUCUUCAGUGUCAUUACAUUUACUUUAUUAAAAGCAAAAUAGCUGUU